CUUGCAUGCUGUUGCUGAUUUCUGUUGAUAUCCAUGCGAUUUUCUUUUAAUUAUUAUUUUAUAUCGAUACAUUAAUUAAAAAUUAACAAAUAAACUAGUUUUAUCAAUAAUGUCUGAACCUAUAGUGCCUACAAAGCCACCAGGUAAAAGUUGGCGCGAAAUAAAUCAGGAAAGAAAAGCUCUCAAGCGUCAGCGAAAUGAAGAGAAGAUUGUGAAGAGGGAAAAAAGAGUGUUGUUAGAGAAAGAAUUGGAAGAAAAAGUUAAGGAGGAAACAGAGAAAGAGAAAAAGUAUGCUGAGAUUUCAACUGUUAGUAUAGCAGUGCCGGGUUCUAUAUUGGAAAAUGCUCAAUCGGCGGAGUUACGAACAUACUUAGCUGGUCAAAUAGCUCGGGCGGCUUGUGUGUUUUGCGUGGACGAGGUGAUAGUAUUCGAUGAUAUAGGGGACCAAUUGAACACGAAAAAAUCCAAACUAGAUGAUGGAGAUGGUGUUAUAGUAGCUCGAAAAAGUUGUGUACAACUUGCAAGGAUUUUACAAUAUUUAGAAUGCCCACAAUAUUUACGAAAACAUUUUUUCCCUAUUCAUAAAGAUUUGGAGUUUGCUGGGCUUCUAAAUCCUCUUGAUGCACCUCAUCAUUUGAGAAUGUCUAAUGAUUUUAAAUUUAGAGAAGGAAUAACAAUGAACAAGAAAGUAAAGCCAGGUAAAGGAUCACAAGUUAACGUUGGUUUAUUGAAAGAUGUAUCAACGGAUAAGUUACUCAGUCCAGGAAUAAGGGUUACUGUUCGAAUGUUGCCAACACCCGAGGGUAGUAAGAAGUUAAAAGGGAAGAUUGUCAGUCUGGCAACACCGAGGGCUGAGACAGGUGUAUAUUGGGGCUAUACUGUGAGGAUAGCCAACAGUUUGAGUCAAGUUUUCACACAGUGCCCGUACAAAGAUGGAUAUGACCUUACUGUUGGUACAUCAGAUAAAGGGACACCAAUAGAUGAUAUGCCUGAAAAGCAGGUGGGAUACAACCAUGCCUUAAUAGUCUUUGGAGGUCUUCAUGGAAUAGAAGCGGCAUUAGAAAGUGAUGAACAGCUACAAGUCAAUGAUGCUAGUUUACUCUUCAACCAUUAUGUUAACGUUCUUCCAAAUCAAGGUUCCAGAACAAUCCGUACUGAAGAAGCAAUAUUAAUAGCACUUACCAGCCUUCAAACUAAAUUAAACCCUAAAAACGCUCCUAUGGUCUUCAAAGAUACUGGAAUCGCUACCAGUUCUACUUAUCCUGUGCAAAAGGUUGACAAUACAAAUUCGGUUGCUAAUAAUAUAGAUUUAAGUAAAUUUGAUUAAAUAAAAAAAAAAAACAAAAAUGAAAAAAAAUAAAAUUUUUAUUCAACCAUAACCUAUCAAAAUGGAAGACUAUGCUUAUAGGAAUGUGUACUUUAAGUACUUAACAAUAAUAUUCGAUUUA